UACUUGAGAUUUGGUAAUUCGAUGACGGCUGUUUCUCGACCAGUUUCAUGAACUGAUUCUCUCUCUUUCUCUGAAACGCACACACACAGAGAAAAAUCCGAGUGUAGUUGAGAUGGAUGAUAUCGAAGAUAUGUUAGUCGGAAACGAUGGAGCUCCUCCUGGAUUUCGUUUGCCGGUAAUGUCUGUUGGUUUAAACCCUAAACUACGCCAGAAGAAGAAGAAGAAUGAAGAUACACCCAAUCUCAAACAUCUAACUCAAGAUAUUCCUUCUAAUCCUUCUCCUCAAGUCCCUGGAACUCAAACUAUAUACAUGAAGACUUUCGGAUGUUCGCAUAACCAGAGUGAUAGUGAAUAUAUGGCUGGUCAGCUUUCAGCAUUUGGAUAUGCGUUGAGUGAUAAUCCUGAUGAUGCAGAUCUUUGGCUGAUCAAUACAUGCACAGUGAAAUCUCCUAGCCAGUCUGCUAUGGACACGCUAAUAGUGAAAUGCAAAACUGCCAAAAAGCCACUGGUAGUGGCAGGAUGUGUUCCUCAGGGAAGUCGAGAUAUAAAGGAGCUAGAAGGGGUUAGCAUAGUUGGAGUACAGCAAAUUGACCGUGUUGUUGAAGUUGUGGAGGAGACUCUGAAAGGUCAUGAGGUGCGGCUUUUGACUCGCAAGACAUUGCCAGCUCUUGACCUUCCAAAGGUGAGGAAGAACAAGUUUAUAGAGAUUCUUCCAAUAAAUGUUGGUUGUUUGGGUGCUUGCACUUACUGCAAGACUAAGCAUGCUCGUGGGCAUUUGGGAAGCUACACUAUAGACGGUCUUGUAGAGCGUGUAAAAGCUGUCGCAGCUCAUGGAGUUAAGGAGAUAUGGUUAAGUAGUGAGGACACCGGAGCAUAUGGCCGCGAUAUUGGAACCAAUCUUCCGACUUUGCUAAAUGCUAUUGUUGCGGUACUCCCCCCUGAUAGAAGUACUAUGCUUCGAAUUGGGAUGACCAAUCCACCUUUUAUUCUAGAACAUUUAAAAGAGAUAGCUGCGGUCCUCAGUCACCCGUGUGUAUAUUCUUUUCUUCAUGUUCCAGUCCAAUCUGGAAGUGACCCUGUUUUGACUGCAAUGCAUCGAGAAUAUACUGUGAGUGAGUUCAAAAAAGUGGUGGAUACUCUUCUCGAACUAGUACCUGGGAUGCAUAUUGCUACUGAUAUAAUUUGUGGUUUCCCUGGUGAAACUGAUGAAAAUUUUGCUGAAACUGUCAACCUUGUUAAAGAGUACAAGUUUCCUCAGGUUCAUAUCUCACAGUUCUAUCCAAGACCUGGAACACCUGCAGCAAGGAUGAAAAAAGUCCCAAGCGCUAUAGUAAAGAAGCGGAGCCGUGAACUUACUUCAGUAUUUGAAUCAUUUACUCCAUAUCAGGGAAUGGAGGGGCAAAUAGAGAGGAUAUGGAUUACUGAAAUUGCCACUGAUGGAGUUCACUUGGUUGGUCAUACGAAGGGAUACAUACAAGUCCUCGUGAUUGCUCCUGAGGCCAUGCUAGGCACUUCAACUGAUGUGAAGAUUACCUCAGUUGGAAGGUGGUCAGUUUUUGGUGAGGUGAUCGAUACUCCAAAAAGUGAUAUGGAAAAAGAAACAGGUUCUCGUGAAAGAAAAUCAAUUGAUGAGAAAAUGUUUGCCUGCUCUGGAGUACCUACUUAUCCCAAUGAAAGUCUUCCUUGCUCUGACAUGGAUGAAAGUUGUGCAUGUUCAAGAGAGCCGGAACCUUGUGCAUGUGCAGGUCAAAGUUGUGGGGAGUCUAAUCUUGUAGAUAAGACUACUGCAAAGACGGAAGACGGAAACAGGAAAAACUUAAUUGGAUGGCUACUGAGAAAACGUAAAGUACUAAAUGGAACGGAGAGGUUGGAAACCAAGAGUGGAUUAGAAUCCGAAGACAAACAAGACACAUCAAAAGGAAACACAGUGAGGUCCAGUGCUAUAGAUAGGGCUCUACUGGUUGCAAUGCUCAUAAGUUUUCUAACCAUUCUAGGUUUGCUGGUGCUGAUAGGUUUUAGGAUACAAUUUCCUUGAUGAUAUUCAUGCCCCCAUUUCUAGUUUAGCAAGUCCAAUAUUUUUAUUUUGUUCUCGUUUCCAGAGUUGUCUUAUAGACCAGGCCAGCUAGGCUAUUGCCUAGAGCCUCACAUUGUUCUCGUUUCCAGAGUUUUCUCGCAACUUGAUUGUUUUAGUAUUCUUACAUAGUGGUUGAUAGUCAAUAUCCAGCUGUUAUUGAAUGUUGUUUGUAUUGCAAGUACAACGUACUGCUUUCAAUUCCAUCUAGCCGUCAUCUUUU